CAAAAAUAAAUCUCCGAAGAAGAAACUCGAGGAAGGAAGAAGUUUUGAUUCUGAUCUCAUGUUAAGAAACUGGUUUCUGCAAUGGACAGACUUGAACCUGCUACAGUGGAGCAUUAUAAGGCAGGCAUGGUCCUCAGCGGUGCCGGUGAUGCUCUGGGCUACAGGGGCGGGACCUGGGAGUUUAAUUAUGUUGGACUAGAUAUCCACCAGGAGCUGCAGAAGCUUGGUGGGUUGAAAAAAAUCACUGUCCAGCUUCCUGGAUGGCCGGUGAGCGACGACACAGUCCUGCAUCUUGCAACAGCUGAAGCUCUGAUAACCGGAAAGACCGAGGAGAAGCUUCUACAUGAAGUGGCUUUCUGUUAUGUGAAGGGGAUGAAAGACAUGAGUGGAAGGGCUCCUGGAAGUACCACUAGUUAUAAUGUUAACAGGCUGAAGCCUGGAGAGGAAGGAGGCUACAGAGUGCCAUAUAACAACCGGGGUGCCGGCUGUGGAGCGGCCAUGAGGGCCAUGUGCAUCGGCCUGAGGUAUCCAAACCCUGACCAGCUGUCUUCUCUGGUGCUUGUUGCCGUGGAGACGGGCAGGAUGACUCACCAUCACCCAAUUGGUUUUCUGGGAUCCGUUGCGUCGGCGCUUUUCGCCUCCUACGCCAUCCAGCGGCGGCCGCUUGAAUCCUGGGGUGUGGGUCUGCUGGAAGAGGCCUGUCCCAUAGCCAAGAAGGUUAUUACAGACAGCGGCUUCGCUGUGGAGGAGAAUUUGAAGGAUUGGGACUCCUUCUCUAAGCACUGGAAGCGGUACCUGGAUCUGCGGGGAAUCUCUGAUGGAAAGGGGCCGGUGACCUGGCCCGACCCCUACGGUGUGGCUGAGAGGGAUGAGGCCUAUAAGAGCUUCAGUCUGUCUGGCUGGGGGGGAUCCUGUGGCCAUGAUGCUCCCAUGAUAGCACUGGAUGCCUUACUGGGAGCCGGUUCAGACUGGGAGGAGCUGAUGAACAGAGCUGCUUUCCAUGGAGGUGACAACGACAGCACAGCGGUGAUUGCCUGCUGCUGCUGGGGUCUUCUCUACGGCACCAAAGGGGUUCCUGAACGCAACUACUCCAAGUUGGAGUACCGGGAUCGUCUGGAGCACUGCGCUGAGCAGCUUUACACUUUAUCUCACUAAAAACACAUGUUUCUAUUCUAUCUUUAUUUUCGGUGCCUUAAAUCAGUGCUUAGGUGGUAGCAAAUCUGAAGUCUAUAAAAAUAUAUACAAUUUAAAAAUAGUAAAUGCAUAUUAUUGCUCUAAUAUAUUAAAUAAAUCAAAGCUUCUGCAUGUGAGGAAAUGUGCCACGAAAACUACAAAAAACCCACACCACUGAUUUUAUUUUCCUCAGGAUUCAAAGAUGAGUUCAGAUGUUUGAAGCAGAAACCAGAAUCACUUAAUUUGUGAUCAGCUCAGUCAGAAUCUCCCCAGUGUUAACGUAUCCCUCCACCAGAGGGCGCUGAGCUGUGACGGGAAAUGGGAAAAAAACAGAUUAUCCACUUUCAGAAAUGCUUAGUUGGACAUUGAUGGUGCCUUUUAAAAAACUGUUGUUCUGUUUUCACUCCUUGCUGUCCUGAGAAACUGAGGAAGAGGAUUACAGCAUGAAUGUUUGAAAUAAUUGAAAAAUUACGUUUUAUUUAUGUUUUUAUGAUUGUUAAAUUUAAUUUAAAGAAGGAGUUUUGAGGUGUAUAAAGUGAAUUAACCAGUGUGAAGGGAUUAGCUUGGAGACCUAGCAAACCGGGACCCUUGAAAGCUCAGUCUGCCUGUAAUGAAUCAUCGUCAGGAAGUGACCGAUUGUUUCUAAAAACUGUAACUAUAAAUACUUAAAUUCUAGCAGCUUGCACAAAGUACAGGAAUAUUUUACCUACACUGGAUAUUUUUUGUUUAAAAAUGUUUUCAAAUAAGCAAUUCACUUAAAUAUUUAGUUUCAUUCUUCAAAAUUUUGUUGGCUUUUCCAGCUCUACAAUAUAUUAACAAUUGAAAGUUUAUUCCUAACUAAUUUGGAUUAGUAAUAUAAUUUAUAGCUAAAAUCUACCUUAGAAAUGAAAUGUAUGAAAAUGACCUAAAUAUUCACAUUGUUUUUUUAAUAAUUUCACUCUGCUGCUAUUACCUUUGUCAUCAUGUUGAUGCUGCUUUCUACUCUUGUUGUUUUGAUACUGCUGAGUUUUUGAUAUUAUUAUUUUUUAUUUUAUUUUUUAUUUUUUUGCAAUGCUGAGAAACGCCCAUGGCUUUUACACCAAACUUGUACAAUCACUUUAAUACUGUAUCUGGGGUAAAAUUACCUGCACUUUCCUUAAUAUAAGUUCAGAAACAGCUGGGAAUGAAUCAUGAAGAACCUUGUUAUCCUGUAGUGAAUCGAUUGUUUUACUGCAUCGACCAAAUGCCUGCAAAAAUAUCCUUCAGUCGGAUUGACAAAAGCUUUCAAAAUGUCUCCCAUGUUGUCUCUGAGGAAUGAAAGAUGGGAAUGUAUAAAAGCUACACGAAUGCCAGGAUGGAAGAAACCACUUUUGUGAUUUUUGUUCUAUGCAAAUAAACUAAUUUCAAUUCAAACUCC